AUGUUUAACUCAAUCGAUUACGGCGUGAAGCCACCGGCUGACUCGAAGCUGGAUACAAACCUGCAACAACACCCAAGUCAACAGACCGGUGAAAUCCAAACUGUCGGGACUAGUCCAGACAUGUUGGCACCCUUGUUAAAGAAAGCUGUGAAUGAUGUUAGUGGUAGCCCUGAGGACACACCUGUUCUCGUGUCGGUGGCUGCAGCAGAUCGUAAUAGGGCUCUUGUGCAAGAUGCGUUAAGCAAAGGCGCAAAAAACAUAACGCAACUAUCAGAUCUUUCCAAUUCGCGUAGAGAGGUUGACGCGAUGAUGCGACCCGUUAUUCUCUCUGGCGUAAAUGAAAGCAUGGACAUCUACCAGAAGGAGUCUUUUGGCCCCAGUAUUUCCUUUUUCAUCUUUGACACCGAAGAGGAAGCUAUCCGUCUUGCUAACAAUACCGAGUACGGCCUUUCUGCCGCAGUGUUUAGCGAGAACCUUGGGGCUGCCUUCCGCGUGGCUGAAGCUAUUGACUCAGGAGCUGUUCAUAUAAACUCUAUGACUGUUCACGAUGAAUUUGCGCUACCACAUGGUGGUGUCAAAGCCAGCGGUUUUGGCCGAUUCAACGGCUACCAGGGAUUGGAUGAGUUUUUAUACUACAAGACAAUCACAUGGAUGGAAUAA